AUGCCCGGCAUCCGGGUUGCCUCAUGGGGCUGGAAAUUAGCAACCACAGCGGACUCUCCGGGAACGACAUCACAGCAAUUGGCAGCAGAGAAGUUGAUCUUGGAUCUGUGGAAGUUAAGGUCGGCAACAAAUACAUCCAACCGGCCAAUUAUUUUCAUUGCACAUAGUGCCGGAGGACUUUUAGUCAAGAGUGCUUUGUUGUAUUCUCAGUCCACAGCAGAGGAUUCCACUAUAGACCUCCACAGCAUUGCUAGCUCCACCAGCGGGGCAAUUUUCUUGGGCACGACGGAGCUGGACUCCAGACUGGAGGGACUGCAAAGUUAUCUGGCUAGUGCGCAAGGAUCGGGCCAGGAGUCGAGUGAGGUAUACCAAGAGGCUCUGUGGUUGAUUCACACAUUGCAGAAAUUUCCCUUAAUUGGUGAGAAUAUUUGGACUUUGUCUGUCCAUGAGAGGCCUGGAUCCUCGCAUGCCGAGGUUAAAUGGGACGAGGGUCGCGGUUCCCAUAUACUCGUCCAGACUGGCCAUGAUGAAAUGAUCAAGUUUGACCGGGUCUGUGAGGGAUAUUUACAAAUCAAAGAGCAUUUGAUGUUUGUCGAUCUCAAGGCUGAGAUUGACGCCUAG